AUGUCCUCCAAAGCGAAAGAGCGCAAGGCUGCUCCAGUGUCCCACAAAGUCAUUGAGAAAAGGCGCAGAGAUCGGAUCAAUCGCUGUCUGAACGAACUUGGCAAAACCAUUCCAAUGGCGCUAGCGAAGCAGGGCACGGGCAAACUGGAAAAGGCCGAGAUUCUGGAGAUGACUGUUCAGUAUUUAAGGGCCCUGCACUCAGCUGACCUCGCCAGAGGGAGAGAGAAAGGCGAGUUAUUAACAGAGUUCGCGAAUUAUUUCCACGCUGGCUAUCACGAGUGUAUGAAGAACCUCGUUCACUAUUUAACGACGGUGGAGCGCUUGGAGACCAAAGACACCACAUACGCCCGAAUCCUUGCCUUCCUCCAGUCCAAGGCUCGCCAAUGCGCCGACCCCAUCUUCGGGCCCGUCUCCACUCACGAGCCAGAAUACUCCUACCAGUUCCACCCCGUCUCAGAGUUUACUAACUCGCGUUUAAACGAAUCGCUAUUGCAACAAGGGGCCGGGGUGGCAAGAACACAGCCAUUGCACUGGCACAGCUCGGCACGGAGUCCCGGGCUCCCGUUUAUCCCGAGCUCGCGGGCGGUGCCCAUUGCAAACGCAACAGGGCAGCAACACAACUUCCUGCACUCCGUGCAAAGCCUUGAUCGCCAUUACAUUAACUUGAUAGGACAUUCUCACACCAAUACUUUCAGCCUGCACAACUCCCAGCACACAAACUUAUAA